GCCGAGACAGCGGGAGCCGGCGCGCGAGCGGCAGCAACAGAAGACUGGAAGAUUAAUUAGAUGGACAGCCGAUACAGAAGAUUAGGAAAUUGCCAGAUCCUGGCCCCACCCCCAACCCCCUCCCCAUGGGCCUCCGGACCUUCCUGUCGCUCUUGGAGGCCUCUGAAGGGAGGAAAGCAGAGAGGGGCCAGGAGGCCCCAGGAAAUCUUCCUGCUGCUGUUUUCCAUGGGCAUUUCCCCCAGCUGAAUUCUAUCCUUUUAUGCUCACGGUGCCCCGGGAACUUGAAGCUGAGCUGAGCCAAGAUGCCGCCAGAGCCCCUGGAGGGGGCUUGCUUCCUGGAGACUCCGAGGCAGCUGUGAAAAAGCCCUGGGGGAGUCCCCCCUCCACCAGCUGGGACGCUCUUGGCUCCUGUGAGGAAGGGGCUCAGGGGCCUGGGCAGGGCCGGCUGCACUGCAGCUAUGGACCGUGAGCUGGCCCGGCCCGCGUCCUCGCCGACUCCGUCUGCCUGCGGCUAUGCCCAGCAUGGGCUCCUCCGUGUACAUCGUGGUGGAGCUGGCCAUCGCCGUGCUGGCCGUCCUGGGCAACGUGCUGGUGUGCUGGGCGGUGUGGCUGAACAGCAACCUGCAGAACGUCACCAACUAUUUUGUGGUGUCGCUGGCAGCUGCCGACAUCGCGGUGGGGGUCCUCGCCAUCCCCUUCGCCAUCACCAUCAGCAUCGGGUUCUGUGCCGCCUGCCACAGCUGCCUCUUCUUCGCCUGCUUCGUCCUGGUCCUCACGCAGAGCUCCAUCUUCAGCCUCCUGGCCAUCGCCAUUGACCGCUACAUCGCCAUCCGCAUCCCGCUCCGGUACAAUGGCUUGGUGACGGGCGCGAGGGCCAAGGGCAUCAUCGCCGUCUGCUGGGUGCUGUCCUUCGCCAUCGGCCUGACGCCCAUGCUGGGCUGGAACAACUGUGGUCGGCCGAAGGAGGCGAGAAACCACUCGCAGGGCUGCGGGGAGGGCCAGGUGGCCUGUCUCUUUGAGGACGUGGUCCCCAUGAACUACAUGGUGUACUACAACUUCUUUGCUUGCGUCCUGGUGCCCCUGCUGCUCAUGCUGGCCAUCUACUUGCGCAUCUUCCUGGCGGCCCGGCGGCAGCUGAAGCAGAUGGAGAGCCAGCCUCUGCCGGGGGAGCGGGCUCCAUCCACGCUGCAGAAGGAGGUGCACGCGGCCAAGUCGCUGGCCAUCAUCGUGGGGCUCUUCGCCCUCUGCUGGCUGCCGCUGCAUAUCAUCAACUGCUUCACGUUCUUCUGUCCCGACUGCACCCACGCCCCCCUCUGGCUCAUGUACCUGGCCAUCGUCCUCUCGCACUCCAACUCGGUCGUGAACCCCUUCAUCUACGCCUAUCGCAUCCGCGAGUUCCGCCAGACCUUCCGCAAGAUCAUUCACAGCCACAUCCUGAGGCAGCGCGAGCCCUUCAAGGCAGGUGGCACCAGUGCCCGGGCCUUGGCAGCUCACAGCAGCGACGGAGAGCAGAUCAGCCUCCGCCUGAACGGCCACCCUCCUGGGACGUGGUCCAACGGCAGCGCCCCCCACCCCAAGCGGCGGCCCAAUGGCUACGCCCUGGGGCUGGUGAGCGGAGGGCCUGCCUGCGAGUCCCAUGGGGACACAGGCCUCCAGGACGUGGAGCUCCUCAGCCAUGAGCUCAGGGGAGCGUGCCCAGAGUCCCCUGGCCUGGAGGGCCCUCUGGCCCAGGAUGGAGCAGGAGUGUCCUGAGGAGCUACUGAGUCUGCCCCUUCCUAAGGGAAGGAAUCUUUCUCUCUGGUUGGCGGAACCAGUCAGGUUGGGAGAACCAGUCAGUAUGCUGGGAGACCCUUCUCAUGGCUGGUUCCCACUUUGGACCAAGCCCUGGCUGGCACAGCAUGAGGCCCAGCAGGAAGGGUUUGGAGUCCGAGGAAGCGGACGUUUCAUGCUGGGAGGCCACCAGGCCAGGGCCACCGCACCAGGGCAUCUUGGCUGCGCAGGGCCCCAGCCUCUUCCGGGACCAUCUAGAAGUGCCACCUUGUCCCCACAGGGCAGCUGUGGCAGAGCAGGCUGCUGGCCCUGAGGCUAAGGAGUAGCUCCCACAGACUCCCUGCCACACACAUACCACCCUCCCCAGACUUGCCGAGGGGUUGGGAGCUGCUAUGCCCGGAGGUGGCAUUUAACUAUAUUUUCCAGGAGAAAAUGUAAGCGUGAGGAUCUGCUUUUAUUUUAUUAUUGCCCCUCCCUGGCUGCAGGGUCUGUUGUCAGUCCUCUGCUCAGCUGGCACCAGGAGUCGGCCCAGGGAGUUCCAGGCAGCCCUCUCCCACUGUGAGCUGCCAUGUACUUCUUACCCCUUCAGUCCCAGGGCCAUGUCGGGCGACAAAGCUGGGCGUGAGGACGCAGAGUUAGAACAGAACAGUGCCAGAGGGUGGGCUCAGGGGAGGAGGUCGGGGCUGGCCGGCCAUGAGGUAAGUCUGGGUAGCUCAGAGCUGCCCAGGUGGAGGCCCUGUCUAACUGCCUUUCCUUCUGAAGGGAAUGUUUUUUUCUGAGAUAAAAUAAAAAUGAGCCAUGUUGUGUUUUAAGC